AUGUUGAAGAAUCUGCUCGUUCUGGCUCUGGCGUCUUUUGCCUUUGGGCAAGAUGACAUUCCUACGGAUGCCACUGUCAAGGAUGAGGACAUGGGACCUGCCGCUUUCAUGUGGCCCCCGGACCGUGUUUGGUCUGGGGACAUGGACAACAAGGCUCCUUGCGGUUCACGAGCAUCUGCUGGGAACAGAACCAACUUUCCCAUGACUGGCGGUGCUGUCUCUCUGGUCGCUCAGGAUGAUUACUACAAUACCAAGAUCAGCAUCUCGUACUCAGAAGACCCCAAGUCCAACGAUGACUUUGAAACCCUGAUUCAGGAAAAGAGCAUCACAGAUCUCGACCCAGGUCACACCUGCGUUCAAGUCCCCGAUGCCCCCUCCAAGGUCUCAGCCGGCGACAACGCAACUCUGCAGAUCAUCUACCGCGCAGACUGGGACGCACCUCACAACCAGACCUUCUACGCCUGCGCUGAUAUCACCUUUGUCACAAAGUCCGAGUUCAAGUUUGAGAUUCCCUGCUUCAACGCCACUGAACCCGGUGAUGAUGACAAGGCAGCUGGUGCGACUGUUGGACCCAGCCCAACUGCUACUCACCCGUCUACAUCUUCUGAAAGCUCUGAUGCUUCUGAGGCAGAGAGCAAGUCGGGCAAGUCGAAUAAGUUGAGUGGUGGAGCUAUUGCUGGUAUUGUUAUUGGUUCUAUCGCUGGUGUUGUCUUGAUCGCUGGGGCGAUUCUGUUCUUCUUGCGUCGUAGACAGCAGGCUAAGAGGAACUCGCGAAUUGCUCGCAUGGAGGAUAACGCGCGCAAGCAUCAAUUGGCUACGGAUGGUGCUUCUGGCACUAGCAUCUAA